AUGAGUUAAUAUAAUAAUAAUAUACAAAGAGAUCAUUCUGCUUACAUUGCUAUUAAUUUUAGCUAAAAUUAAAAUACUCAAGAGCAAAUGAAUACCUAAGAUAAAAGUAUUGAUUCUUAUUUAAGCAGUAAAACUAAUAGAUUUCAAGAAAAAUCAUUAGAAUAUAAUGAUAAAACACAUACUAACUUAAGCUAGUAAAUGAAUGAUAAUCAAGAAUAAAUGACAGAAUUUAAUAAAAUAUAUCACUAUGAUAAUAAAUCUUAAAAAAAUUAAAGUAUUAAAGAUAACUAAAUAGACAUAGAACAAGAAAAUGAUAUUUUUUCAAUAUCAAAUAGAAACGAUUUCAAAUAGCUCUUUAAGUCUUGUAUUGAAAAUGCUUUGUCAUACUUAUUAGAGUAUAUUCCAAAUAUUUUUACUUUGUAUCUCAUAAAUAACAAUUCAAAUUAAAUAGAAGCAAGUGGAUUUGGUUUAGGUGUAAUUUGGAUUAAUUGUAUUGGUUAAAGUUUGUAUUAUGGUUUAGGAAGUGGCUUUGAAACAUUAGCCGCCCAUGCACAUGGUGCUGGUAAUUACAAAUAAGUUGGUCUAUUGUACCAAAGAACUCUGUUUAUUUCUUUGGUCAUGUUUAUACCUAUUUGCUCUUGUGUAUUUUUUUCAGAAAACAUUUUGUAAUUAUGGAAUUCUGAUAUUGAAAUAUGCAAAUAAGCUGCUAAUUUUUCAAUUUAUGCUUUGCCUGGAUUAUUCUUUGUUGCAAUAGCUUUUUAAUUCAAAGCUUCGUUGAAUGCAUAAAAUAUUUAUGACCUCCAGUAUAAAGCAGUUGUUUGGACUAUUCCUUUUAAUCUUCUAAUUUCUUAUAUGCUUAUUUCUUAACUUGGAUUAAAAGUUAAUGGUGGCGGUUUGGCUUUUUCAUUCACUCAGCUUACCUAACUUUUAUUGCUUUACUAUUUAGUAAAAUAAGACAGUCAAUACUAGAAGUGUUAUAUUCCUUUUGAUAAAAGAUGCAUGUAAGAAAUUAUUCCUUUCUUGAAGGUUGCAAUUCCUAUUGGGUCUCUUCUCACUCUUGAAUGGGUAGUCUACGAAAGCUUUUCAAUUUUAGCUUCCAAUUUACCUCCUGCUUAAUUUUCUGCUCAUGUCAUUUUAUCAAAUUUUAAUAUUAUUUAUUAUUAAAUCCCUGAAGGAUUUUCAAUAACAAUAUCGACGUUUGUUGGAAAUGAAAUGGGAAAUAAUAUGCCAAAUAGAGCUAAAAGAUUUGCAAGAUAUGGACUUAUUAUUGCUUUCUUAAAUUUCUCAAUAACGCUGAUACCAAUACUUUAUUUCAAGUAAGAAAUUAUUUAGAUGUUUUCUGUAGAUGAAGAAGUCUCGAUAAUCCUAGACUAAGCUUAUAGCGUUUUUAUAAUUGUUGUUAUCUGUGAUUCCUCUCAAGUAAUGCUAACUUGUUUAAUGAGAGCUAUAGGCAAAGAAUAAUUUAGCAGCGUGUCUUUCAUUCUCUGCUAUAUUUUUUUGGGAAUUUUCUGGGCUUAUCUACUAACUUAUUAGUUAGACUUUCAAAUUUAUGGCAUCCUAUUUGGAACAAUUAUUGGAUGUCUCUCAUAUGAUAUUUUGUAAGUUUAUCAGCUUUAUAAAUCAAAUUGGCAUGUUUUAGCAUAAUUCAUUUAAGAUAGAAUAGAUUCUCAUAAUUUAUAAGAAUUAGAAAAUAUUAAGUCACACUUAAUAUGA